CCUUCCUCUCCGGAAGUCGCAGCUUUAUUCUGAGUGUCUGAGUGCUCUUCCGAAUUGAUGUUUCAUCAGCAGUAUCAGACAUGCUCUGUAACGUGCCUGAGGGUCGUAUUCGACUUCGGAAUUCAUAACGAGUCCAUUGACACAAGUCAUGGAAGCUGAUGUUUCAGCUUGGCAGCAUACAUUACCUGAGGAGAACUCAUCACACACCCCAUUAGAUAUGAAGUAAAAAAGGCCCGUUCUGGCCUUGCUUCCCCUUGGCACUGUGGCAGCUUCCAGCCAAACCUCUCAGUCGAAAGCCAAUAUCUUAUUAUUCAGUCAUUCGUUUUUCACUUCCAUUCUUUCGUAUCUUCGACGAGACCAAGCAGAAGGUAACCGGGUCUUUUACUAGCAUCAAUAUCACCUACUCGCCAACGUGAGAUAGCCUGAAGUGAGCGAUGGGCCAAGUGAUGCGCAAUCGCAGGGUUCGAAUGCCCCUGCUAAUCGCUCUGGCGAACAGUGCUAUCAGUUCAGCCCAAGUGCCACCUCCGACUACCCCCAGCACUCCUAGCACUCCCGGCGCCAUGAACAUCCCCAGUCCUACCAAUUCCACGAAUUCUACGGACACGCCCGAACCGUUGCCGGUAACCACAGUUUCUUUAAUGAACAAUGGGCAAAUCCCACUUCCCACACCCGACUCUCUUAACUGGACAGAUCCUUGUGCAAUCCUCCCCCUACAACCUGCUACUUGGAAUCGGCUCAAUCUUGAUCAAUAUCUCGCCAACUAUCCGGGAGGACAGAAUUACACUUUGACCGACUAUGCGCUAUCCGUCAGCGUCCAAAAUUGGGUUUGUGGCAUUGGAGAAGCAUGUGAUGCACAACAGCCGUGUAAUCCCAUCCCGGGGCCACAAUGGGAAGUGCUUUAUGCAGUACAAAAUUGGAAUUUGGUCCAGAAUACUCUCUACAAUGCCAUUGGGAUGGCAGUAUCUAUGACACAAUCCAUCACAUCCGCUAUGGUAACAGAUCUGUACCAUCCUGCCAAACGUAGUCCGCUUUGGAAGUGGAACGAUAUUUUUUCCAUUGCCGGUGGAAUUGCCGCUCUGAUUGCCUCGGUGGUCAUGGUAUUCCCCGGUACUCUGCUGGCCAUUGGUAUUUGGUACAGUAUCAAUGCAAUUAUUGCCACUGGCGAAGGUGCCGUCGGCAUCAUGCUUCUCGACAAAGAGAAGAAAGAUGAACCCGACCCUUUCCAAAGGUGGUCCGAAUUUGCAUGGUACCUAGGGAAAUGGCAAAGUCUUGCCCAGGGUACUCUCAGCAACAGAACUACGGAUAUCAUCAACGCAGGAAUCAGUACUCCCAAGGGCAUUUCCGGAGUCCUGAAAAACGGAACCUACUUCAGACGCAUUGAGGCUCGUCAAUUCCAGCAAGUCGAGUCCGAAAUCAAGUUUACUGCCACUGCCAAAAUCAUGAAUGCAAUCAUCCGGGAUUACGGAGGUUUUGUCACUGUCGGAGACGGAUGCAAAGGGAAAGGACCCAACGGUGCUUGGAGCGAUCCCGACUCAAUUUCAUUCUGUUAUCCCAAUAAAACAAUGAUGAAUGUGAUCCGACACAAACAUGACCACGCCAUCAACACGUGGUAUCAUGGCUCUCUUAUCAACUCAUCCUACGGUUUCACAGCAGAAUACUUGACUACUCAGUCAUACAACUGCCAGAUCAAGUACGGAAAGCCCGAAUAUAACCCUUACAACAACACGGCGGUACCAACCGACCGGAACGCUGACUGCAUCAUCAACCUACCUGUCUGCGACACUCGAAUUCCAGCCAUUCGGAAAGCCAUCAAAAAGCACGGAACUGUCAAGGCUUGCAGAGAGGUUGGCAAACUUCCGAUCUAGAUGGACCAACGGGACUUGACUGUUUUAGACCCUGAGCAAAGGUAACAUCAACCUACCUUGAUCAGUCUCCAUGUGCAGUCCCCUCUCUCCAUUUGUCAUCACCUAAAACCUCUGCCAAUUUCAAAUCGUUGCACCUGAUCUGUAACCGCCUGGUCCUACAAUACUUGGAAUGGACACUCGCUGGGUCUACCGCAGCCACUGACUAGCGGGCCGAUCAGAUCACUAAUAACUUGCACGAAUGUCUACAAACUACCUUUAUAGAACCCUGUGUUACUUAUAUUCUUACUUAUCUUCCAUCCCUCUAUAAAUCACUUAUUCUUCUCAAGCCCACUCUCUCUUCUUGUCACUCUUUUCGGCUUUUAGUUCGCUCCAAUAUGUUAGUACAAUAAAAGUAUGAUUCAAAGAAUCAUCUCAACAUAUUUCAAGGAUGGUGAAAAACACCUGAAACUGAAGUGCAAAUAACUGCAUAUUUCCGUGCAACAUUUUCAUUACCGGAAGCAUUUGAAAAUGAAGCACGACAAACCUUUUAAAAAUUCAUUUCCAAUGCCCUUUGAUUGUAUAUUUUUUCUGGUAGGAACUAAUUUUUGCUCGGGCUAUCAGAAGUUUGGUUUGGGUUCCCAUUAUGGUUAUUUUUUGUUAUAAUAAGAGUCGCCU